CACAUUUAGACAUAAAUAGAAUAUUUGAACAGGUAUUAGAAAUCACUCUUGUCUAACUACAGAGAACGAUAUAAUGCUUCCAGCGGCGACAUCCAUUCUGUUGGCAAUCGCGUUAGUCCAUUUAGUUCAUCCAUUACUGGCUGCGGCUUUCCUCGACCCAGCGCCGGAUAUUGCGCGAUCGCGCGGAGGCCCAAAAACUGCGGACGUGCAUCCGGAGCGGCAGCUCGCUGCAAAAUUUGAAGAUUUUGGGCCGGCGGGUAGGCAGUAUUUGCCGGAAGGCCUGCCGGGAGCUGCGCAUGAUGAGACCGCCAUUUCGCAAGGGCGGCACGGCCCUAACCGCCAGGAAGAAACUCAGAAAGCAAGGACGAAGAGGGAGCCGGAAAGGAAACGGAGGAUUAAAAUACUACCGUUGCUGUGUGGAUAGUUAGGCUGUACUUUUCCUCAAUUAAUAUCAUAACACUUUAGUUUUCUAAUAAUAAAAUGUUUCUUAAAAUGUU